AUGAGUUUCUUUGAGACUGUUAUGGAUACAGAGAGCAUUGACCGUCCUGGUACGGGAGACGUCUCGAUAGAUCUUGCUAAUCACAUGGUCAAGACUCCGCUUAUGUCUCUGGACUUGAAUAAUAUUAACGUCCAUGCCAAUGAGACAAAAGGCCAAUCAGUUAUUAUCCCGCUCAAUGAUGGCAACGCUUUCCGUCCAGACUCACGCCAAACCAACUCAUCGGGGAGCUUCCAGCCCAAUUUCAAUUCCGCAUUUGAUCCAAAAUUUCUCGAUAUGUAUACCACAAACUCGCCCAAAGAAGUGAUAUCACCAACACGAUUGCUAUAUAAAAGUUCAAACAGCACACCAAGGCUAGUUCCUGGAAUCUCAAUGCUUACACCGAGCGCUUACAGUGAUGUGUUCAAGCAAUCACCCCUCAAGCUGAAUUCAAGAUCAGAUCCACCUCAGUCGGCUUCCAGAAUGAUGUUCCCACGCUCCUUGUAUGAAGAUGUCGAGUUAUCCAAUGCCUGGCUUGGGAGGGACACCCCGAACGGCGAUACUACAGAAAACAUGCUAUCCGAUGGACAUGCAUUUGGCAAUAUGAAUGAUUCCCAUUUCUACAUUCAAUCCUCAUUACCUGGUUCACGAGAAGCCAACAGGAUGCCAAGUGAUUUAUCUUACUCGAAAGAAAAAUCAAAGAACAAAUUUAGUGUGGAUGCUAUCAGCUCCCUUCCCUCCUCAAGGCCAGUGUCAGAGAGUUUCAAGAUACCAACUUUCAAUAUUCCAGCGGAUCUUAAAUAUGAGGAGAAAGAUUUUGACUUUGGCAUGGAUUAUAGACAAGAUAAAAAGGUCAAGAAAGCCUCUUUUCCAACAGUGACGAACACGAUAAAAGAUACCUUUGGUCCACUGCUUGUAGGGGAACAGCCUGUGAAGAAAAAAAGGGGCAGAAAGCCGGGAUCCACCAACAAAAAGCGCAAGGAAGGCGCAUCAAAAGACGACAAAAAUAAGAAGAAAAAACUCAAAGUUAGAUUCCCGAAAAAGAGAAAGACGACGCUGUCCGACAUAGAUCCUGCUGUUCACUUCCAAUUUGGGGAUGAUGAUGAUUUUCUUGGGCAUGACGACUUUGAUCUUGCUGAUAUUGAUUCCCACAAACCACAUGCCUCUGGCGGGCCAGAGGACAUGCAAGAUCGGAUGAAGAGAAUAAGGAAUCGUGCACCUCGAUCUAAGAACGGUUGUUGGACUUGCCGACUAAGAAGAAAACGUUGUCCUGAGCAGCGGCCAGUUUGUUCCGAGUGUGUGAGGUUAGGUCUUGAAUGUGAUGGUUACUCCUCUGAGCGACCUUCUUUCAUGCGAAAUGCAAAUGCUGCAAAAGGAAAGAUGGAAGAGAUCAAAAUCAUCACGCUAGCCAAGAAAAAACGUGGUUCAAAACAGAGAUAUGAGCGCGAGCAACGCUUGUCUGCAGGCUCUCCCAGCGAUCCGCUAAAACCACCUAGUUAA